AGCAGACCUCGGGACGUUCAGCACACACCCCGGAUCAAUCCGUGAAGAUGUACGGACCACCAUAUGGCGGAAUGCCUGGCUACCCGCCUCAAUACCCAAACCCAUACGGCGCACCACCAAUUGUUCCCGGCAUGCCAGUCCCUGUCCCAGGAAUGCCAGCACCAGGAAUGGCUCCUCCUGGCAUGGGCGCACCAGGUUUCGGUCCCCCAGGGAUGAUGAACAAUAGCCACAACGAUGCGCGAGGUCCUCAGCGUCCGUUCGUGCCACCUGCCAACAUGCCAAACAUCAACCUCAACGCACCCGUCAUCCAUCUCGGCACAGGCGGUGGAGGCAGGCUUGGACUCGGUGCGACGCCGAAUAUGCCUCAACACAACAACAACAAUGGACACACACAUCUCAGUAACAUGGUCAAGGCAAAGGAGAUCGUGCAGCCUGCUCGACCACCCACUGUUGAAGAAGCGCUCAAUACUUUGUUCGUCGGAGCGAUCCCCAGCGAGUUGGAGGAUGAGUGGGUCGAGAAGAUCCUGAGAGCUGUCGCGAAGCUCAAGGAAUGGCGCCGUGCUCGUGCUGCGGAUGGAAGUUUGAGGUCGUUUGGCUUUGCGGAGUAUGAUGAUCCGGAACACACUCAGCGCGCUAUCACCGUUCUCGAGAACCUCGAGAUUCCGCCUGCGACGGAGGAUGGGAAGCCGACCAAGCUUAUCAUUACUACGGACGAGCAGACGCGGGUUUUCUUGGAGUCGUACGACCAAAGCCGUACGAACAAGAAUCCUCAGAAGGAUAAAAACAUGAUUAUCACGUCAAGAAACAAUCUCGCCAAGGUCCUCGAGGACUUUGCUGACCCCAGCAAGCGUCAGCCUGCUGCGCCAACUGCCGAGGUCAAGACCGAAGACUCGAAUACCCCCGCGGAAGAGGUCGUCACUAUCCCUUUGGGAGGCGACGAGGAACUCGGAGACAUCCCUCAGGAGCAGCGCGAGGCCGUUGCAAGGGAAAUUACGGCUUUCCGUGAACGUGCCAGUCGUCGUGACAAAGAACGUGCACAAGCCGUCGAAGACGCUGAGCGACGUCGUGCAAACUUUGGCAGGAAUGGAAGCAUGAGCUCCAACGCCAUUCCUGUAGGCCCGCGCGGAAUCUCUGCUCCCACUGGACCUAAGGUGAAGGAGGAACUGUAUGUGUCCAAGGUCAACAUCCCCGCGACCGAAGAAGAAGCUGCCCUCUCCGACGACGAGUUGGAGCGUAGAAGAAAGGAGAAAAAAGACAGAGAUCUCGAAAUUCAAUACGUCGACCGCGAACGCCGCUGGUUAAACCGCGAACGUACCCGCACCCUCGCCCUCGAACGUGAACUCGCUCGUGAGCGCGACCUCGAAGCCCGUGAACUCCAAGACAAGGAUGCAAUUCGACAGAGGUUGGCGGAGUGGGAUGAUGAUAAGGAGAGGGAGAUGGGUGCUGAGGAGUAUUAUCGGGAUAAGAGUAAUUGGUUGGCGAAUCGGGCGGUGUUUAGGGCGAGGGAGGGGGAGAUGGACGCCCAGGAUCGGGAGGCGGAGCGUAGGGAGUUGGAGAUGGAGGGGGCGAGGGGUGCGGAUGCAUCUAAUCAGGCUGAGGCAUUCCUCAAUAACAUUGCGGCGGAGGUUGGGAAAGCGGCACCUCAGCAGCAACAGCCUGCGACGGCGAGUGCGGGUCCUGGCCCGAUUCGUCUUCAGUUCGGGGUUAAGAAGGCACCUGAGACGACCUCCAGGACGAUGGGUCAAGCGGAGGCGUUGCUGGAAGACGACGAGGAGGAAGACAAGGACAAGCAGAAACGUGUUCUCGUACCGCUUACCUAUGAAGGCACCAACGUCGAGGACGAAGAAACUAAAGCCCGCCGCCUAAGACAACUCGUCUCCUCCAUCCCCUCUGACAAGGAAGGCCUCUGGUCCUGGCCCGUCAAAUGGGACAAACUCACCGACGCACUCAUCGAAGAGGACAUAAAACCCUUCACCACCAAAAAGAUCAUCGAGUACUUGGGUGUCCAGGAUGAUGAUUUGAUCAAGUUCACGAUUGAUCAUUUGAGAAAGAAGGGGUCUGCCGAGGAUUUGGAGAAGGAGUUGGAGAUGGCGUUGGAUGAGGAUGCGGAGGUGUUUGUCAAGAAGAUUUGGAGGUUGAUUAUUCUGACUACGGAGAAGAACUUCUGAGUCCAGCAAGGGGAGGAGCAAAAAGCAAUUACGGCACAUGGCCGCACAACAUCUAAGCCAGAUACAAUACCAAUCACUCGUUGCAUCUCAAACCUCAUUCUAUGCUAUGUUAUGCUGAAAUUCCGGUAUAUGUGGGUAUAGUGA